AUUGAUAAGACCAAAUAAGGAUUUUCUUUUUUACUUUAAAACAACUUUUAACUUUGAUGAAUCUCUUCUGAAUAGUGUGCCUCAGUUUGCACACAGAGAAAGUUCUUUGAAAUGUAUCGUUUCUGUAUUCGUCUGUUACAUUGUUACAUUUUGAACCUUGAAUACGGUCUCAACACAACUUAUUUGAUUGUAUCAGAUGUUGGACGCUUGGAGAAUGAGGAAGUUUCAUUGGGACGGAAAACAAAUAAUAAAUUGGAUUUGUCGGUGCUGGAGUUUGAUUGACACGAGAUCCCGUGAUGUGUCUGCAUAGAGUUUAAUGGAGACGAGAGAGAGAGACAUGCUGUCUGUCUGUCUGUGGGUCCAUGACGUUUUUCUCUUCCUUUCUUGGAACACAAAAGGAGACGUUCCGGACGGGCUGUCACGCUCCAGUUGAUCAUUGAUGAUUGGUUAUUAAAUGAAGUUAUUUGCAUGUGUCACUGCUAGUGGAGUAUGGGUACGACUGCCAGCGCUGCUCCCCAGCCCACGCUGCAUGAGGGUUUCCACGGCAACGGGAUGAUGGACAGCAGGCGACCGCAAAGCAGUGGGUCUUUCCAGACCGUCAACAUUCACAAUAACAAAGCCAAAUCCAUCAUCACUAAUAAAGUGGCACCGGUGGUCAUCACGUAUAACUGCAGUCAGGAGUUUCAGAUCCAUGAUGACGUUCUCAGAUCAAAUUAUAAAGUUGGACGGAUCUCAGACAACAUGCCCGAGCAUCAUCUGGUCCAGGGUUCCUUCUUCAUGGUGCAGGACGUGUUCAGCAAAGCAGAUGUACUCCACACCAGUGGCUCGUACGGAGCGCCCAACUUCAGACAGGGCAAAGGCAGCUACCCGCUGUAUGGCAUGGGACAGCCCAGCCUGAAUGGUUUCAAACAGGUCCUCCAGAGACUGCAGGAACAAGGUCAUCAGGAGGUGAUUUUCUUCUGUUUACGUGAGGAGCCUGUAGUCUUCCUGCAUUUGGAGGAUGAUUUUGUUCCGUACACUCCAAGGAAAAAGGAAAACCUUCAUGAGAACCUGCAUGGACUGGGACGAGAUGUGACCGCUGAGAAUCUAGAACUCACCAUCAGAAAAGAGAUUCAUGACUUUGCCAAACUGAAUGACGACGUGUUCUACGUCUAUAAUGACAUCGAGCACUUUAAAGGAGAACCACAGAAAAUCUCCAUAUCCUAUGAAGAAGACAUUCACGUUACAGAGGAGGUGUAUAAGAGACCGCGGUUUACGAUGCCCACAUACAGAUAUUACCGUCUGCCGCUGCCGAUGGAGGGUGCACCACUGGAGGACAAGUUUGAUGCCUUUGUGAACGUUCUCAGGGAGAAUCCAUCUCUCUCUUUGAGUCGAGAUGCGUCUCGUCCGCUGCCCGCUCUGUUGUUCGGUUGUCAGGUGGGUGUCGGUCGCACUAAUCUGGGUCUGAUCCUGGGAUCAUUAGUGAUGAUUCACCUCACACGGGUGACACGGGAGCCAGCGCCAGCGCCACCAGUUGAAGAUGAAGUAUCAGCUGAACCCAAAAUGCAGUUCAAGGUCAUCCAGACACUCAUCAGUAAGCUGCCUAAAGGUCAAGAGGUCAUGGAAGAGGUGCAUCGGGCUAUAGAUCUGUGUUCGGAAAUGCACGACAUCAGAGAGGCCAUUUAUGAGAGCAAACGCAAGUUGGAGGGAAUUGGUGAAAAUUAUCAGAUCCAGGGCAGCACUACGAAAGACUACUUCCUCCAGAGAACUCUACAGAGUCUAGAGAGAUAUUUCUACCUGAUUGUCUUCAAUGCUUACCUGCAUGAACAGUAUCCUCUGGCGUUUGCGUGUAGUUUCAGCCAAUGGCUGUGCUCUCACGCCUGGAUGUACCGCCUCCUCUCCUGCAUGAACCAAUCAGAGCUCCGAGCACCAGCUGACUUGGUCACAAAAGGAGCUCGAGUUCUGGUUGCGCAUGAAUAUUUAGCCCCUGAUGUUCUGAGCACUAUUAAAGAGAUGAAAGUGGCGAACUUCAGACGAGUACCCAAGAUGCCAAUCUACGGGAUGGCACAACCCACGUCUGAGGCGACGGCAGCGGUUCUGACGUAUCUCACGGAUGAGAAGAGGAAGCACAGCAGUGUUUUAUGGGUGAAUUUACAAGAUGAGCUGGUUCUGGAGGCAAAUGGUCAGAUCUUCUGUCCGAGAGAGCCCAUCUGUGUGGACCAGCACAUAUCGGUGUUGCCGUCACAGCCUCAGGAGAUUGAGAGAUUGGAAGCAGCUCUGAAAGAGGAUCUUCUGGCUAGUCAGAAAUGGCUUGAAGUCACUCUUGAACAGGAAAAACAGAUGAAGAUGAUGAAGAGUUGUGUGACUGUACAAGAGAUCUUCAACCAACAUAAGAGUUCAAACCACACGCUGCAGUACUUACGCAUACCUCUAUCAGACUGGUCUGCUCCUGAUGAAGAGGGCUUCGACAGGUUGUUGGAGGCGAUGAAAGCUCGUCUCGCUGACGACUCUCUCUCCGCGUUUGUGUUCAACUGUUCUAACGGAAAAGGCCGGACGACCACGGCAAUGGUGAUGGCGACCCUCACACUCUGGCAUUUCAAUGGUUUUCCAGAGUUCAGUGAAGAUGAAAUCGUGAGCGUUCCGGAUGCAAAAUACACAAAGGGUGAAUUUGAGGUGGUGAUGAAGUUGGUGAGAUUGCUUCCUGAUGGUCACAGGAUGAAGAAGGAGGUGGACGUGGCGUUAGACUGCGUCAGUGAGACGAUGACCCCGCUGCACUACCACCUGAGAGAAAUCAUCAUCUGCACGUACAGACAGAUUAAGAGCUGUAAGUGUGACGUGGAAACUGAGGCUUUGAGACUGAAGAGUUUGCUGUAUCUGGAGCGCUACAUCUACCUGAUCCUCUUCAACACUUACCUGCACCUGGAGAAGAGAGACUCGUGGCAGCGCUCCUUCACUGACUGGAUGCUACAGGUGGCAGCUCCAGCUGGAGUUUAUAACCUGUUGAAUCAUCUCGGCUUCUCUGAGUUUGAGGACCUUAAAGACUCGACGCUCUCUCGACUGCGUCACCGCUGGAUCCAGCAGAACCGCCACGGGCUUCCGUUCCGAGGAGAGUUCAUUUGAGGAAACGCCAGCGCCCUCAAUGUUUAUAAACCCAUUACCAUUUCUGACAGGAAGUGUUUUUACUGUGUUUCAUCAUUUCACAAGACUUUGAUGUACUAACAGAAUGAAGCACCAAUGUGAGGACCUUUAUACAGGCUAUAUAUAUAUAUAAUCAAUUAAAUUAAGUGUUUUCUUUCCAUGCAUUUAUCUUUACAUCUGUCUAUUAUCAACCUAUUUUUAAUUGGCAUCAGUUGUAGCUCAGUUGAUUGUUUUAUUGUUAAAAAUGUAAGGAUGAAGACUUUGACGGUCUCCAUUAAAAACAACU